UACAAAAGCUAAAAGCUGGUUUAACAGAAACCAGCACAUUCAAAAGGUUUAUUCAUCCAAACAAUGACACGCGAUUUCGAUUUUCUUCCUUCUGGUUUUAGACUUAUUAACAUCAAGACGAUUUUAUUUGGGGAAGUUCAGCCACAUCACAAUGGGCUACUUAGCAGCAGUAUCGCGCGUUAUGAAACCCGCGUAGCACACCACAGCGGCUAUAGGAGGGUUUUGCAAUAAGUACUUUUGGGGGACCAAAACAGCUAACUUUCCCAUUCUGAGGCUAGAGUUUGUGAACCUCAACGCACCCCCACCCCCUUCGCUCCUGGAGCCGAGCUCUCGCGAUAGCGGAUGUCCCCCGGACGGAAUGUUGCUUGGGCUGUUGUGUGUGGAUCUCGCUGCUGCUGCUAGUAGCUGAUGCCAGUGAGCUCGGUCAAGGAUAGUGUGGAAUGGAGAAGGGAGCAGCUCCAAAAGCAACAGCGGCGAUUAUUUAUUUACGAAAAAAUGCAUAUAUUCGAAAAUAUGUAAAGCAAUAUUCGUAAUCAACCCAUUUUUGCCUGCCACCAAAAAUAUUCGAUUGUCAAGCCAAAGGAGAGGGGUGGUGGAUAAUUACUAAAAAAAAAAAAAACAGCACAGAUAGCUACGGACAGUUUAAAACGACUAGGAAUUACAUAUAUAUUUUCGGAUCGCUUUUGUGCAUAUGUGAAUUAUCCGGUGUUGACGGCCGUCAGAGCUGCGGUUUGAGACUGGUGCUGGUAACGGCUGUUUAAAUGGUGCUGCUGUGGCUGGACAGGGAGCCUGGCAGAGUUGGUCUUAGCAGGGCCCUGCGUUAAAUAACGAAUUCGGGACUGCUGCAGUCGCCUGAGGGGAACAGAAAGAAAUGUGAACAAAACCCCCACAGUUGUUACAUGUUGGCUCUCGAAAUGGAUCGCAUGGUUGCGGCAGUGUGUAUGUGAAGUGAGCGAGAGCACCUGGAAGCAGUGAUCCUUCCUCGAGUCUCCGACUGGGGGAGGUCGUGGUAGAUUAAAAAGGAAGGGAACACCCCUCCCUCCGUCCCUUCCUUCCCUGGUUAUCAGUAUUAUUGCUAGUUUAUGUAUCCCCCUCGUUUAAAGCCGUGUGGUUUUGGCUGAGAUAUGGAUAAACUGACUAUCAUUUCAGGAUGUCUGUUCCUGGCUGCCGAUAUAUUUGCUAUCGCCAGCAUUGCAAAUCCGGACUGGGUCAACACGGGGGAAUCUGCAGGUGCACUGACGGUGGGCCUGGUUCGUCAGUGUCAGACUCUCCACGGACGUGACCGGACGUGUAUCCCGCCACGCCUUCCCCCAGAAUGGGUCACAACACUUUUUUUUAUUAUCAUGGGGAUCAUAUCAUUGACUGUCACAUGUGGCUUGCUCGUGGCUUCGCAUUGGCGAAGGGAAGCCACAAAGUAUGCACGUUGGAUAGCAUUCACUGGAAUGAUCCUCUUCUGUUUGGCAGCCCUUAUAUUUCCAAUAGGAUUUUACAUCAAUGAAGUGGGAGGACAGCCAUAUAAGUUACCAAACAAUACUGUAGUUGGGUCUUCAUAUGUACUAUUUGUCUUAUCCAUAUUCUUCACAAUAGUGGGGCUACUGUUUGCUGGGAAAGUCUGCUUGCCUGGCUGACAUCCUGCAAUCCUCCUUCCUCUUCGUAAACUUGACGUCAAAACAAAUUGCAUCCUGCAGUUGGGUACAGUACUUGAAGAAAAAAAAAAGGGACUAAUAAUAAUAAUAAUAAUAAUAAUAAUAAGCUAUCUGUGCAAGGGAUUGUUUUAUUUUACUUUUUCUCACUGUGCACUUUGGAUGGAGAAUUGAAGAGCCUUUUCCACAAACUAAACACAGGACAGCAUCAUCCUGGACCCACUGAUGCAGUUGCAUCUGCACUGUGACACAAAGCUGUUUCACUGAAGAAAAGAACGUCUCCCUUUACUGUACCUGUUGCUGUUUUAUCAUGAUGGUGAUGAUUUGUUAUUGUUUCUAUUUUUUAUUUGUAUUUUGUUCCUUUUGUGAGCAGUGGACUUUCAAACGUAUUUAAAAAAACAAAACUAAGCAAGAGGCUUGCAGGACAAGUCCAAGUGGGGCUGGCCUCAUUCUUGAGAAGGCUAGCAUGCUGUGAAAAAAAAAAAAAAAAAAAAAAAACAAAAAUUCCCAAAAAAACAUUUCCCAAAUAGUGAAGUUUAUUUCCUUUUAAAAAUGCACCAAAUGGAGUGUCCACUGUACCUUGACUUAUUUGUGUAUUAAGGGAUGAAGAGAGAGCAUGUCAUUUUAAUGCUCACUCCAGAAAUGCAAAGCUUAACCCCUUCAGUGCCACUGCAUGUAGCAGCUCUGUCCUUGAAACCCACUAACCUUUAUUCACUUGGAAAAUCCUGCUGGGAAGUUAUUAUAAAUGGCUUUGUUUCCGCUGUUGUCAUUUUAAUAUAUUAUAAACCUUAUGGAACAAUAAGACCACUGGAAUAGUCAUACGGUUAUCUGUGACACAAAACAUGCACAUUUGUAUUCUGUUGUUUGUGUGUUCCAAUUUUUAAUAUAUAGUUUCUUGUUCAAAUUCAGCAUGAUUUUCUUCGUUACAGAGUAGCAAUGGCAACAGACAAGACACUGCACUGUGUCUAAAUUCUACCCCUUGUCAUUUACUUUCUCUAAAAAGCUGUGAGCUAAGCUAUACAGCACCCUCAAUAAUAAUUAAUAUAGGUUAUUAUAUUUAAAUCACACCUGGUGUGUACUGAGUGGAGAUUUCAAAUCUGAAAAGCUGAAAUAGCCAGCAGGUUAGUAUAGAACAGGUACCAUAGGCUAAAUCCCAUCUAGACUAGGCUGCAUACAACUUGGCAAAUGUGUGCAAGCCUUCAUUGUGGUUUUUGUUGGCAUAGAUCACCUCGCUUUGGGAAAGCAUUUCCUAACGGUGCCAGGAACUGGCAGUUAAUAAUGAUGCUUUAGUAUAUACUUUCAGUUUAUAAUGGCUUUAUUACUGGAUUAAAACCAAUAAGCAACUGCUGUACAGGCUUGCCGAAUGUGUAAGCAUGCCCUCUCCAUAGAUGAAUAGCACAGCAGCACAACUUAAUAGCCGAACCUUUAGAAAAAGGAGACAACAAAUAUGAUAUGCAUCUGUAAUUGGGGGGGAAAAAAAAAAAAGUAGGUUCUCAAACAGUCACAGUUUUUUUUUUUUUUUUUUUUUUUUUUAAUACACGAAGUGGAAUGACCUCGUUUUUAUUUGAUCUUAAUACCUGAAGUACUGAACGAUACUAUUCUUGGUUUCAUAUAGAGUUUUGGGAAUAGUUCACAAUAGAAUCUUUUUGUUUUUUCCAGUAUUUCCAUACUGUUUACAAAUUACACACUUAUUUAUUACAAGGUGGCUUUUGUUUAAGUGGUCAAAAAAGGGUAGAAAGUGCUGGAUAGUAAAGCAAUAGGUGCAGUCUGGAAAUGCUGAUGUGAUGGGAGGUAGCGCAUAGUUUGUGUCAUACCUGGUGUUUUAGGUAACAUGUAAUUUCAAUUUUAAACUUAAUCUCUUAACUCUUUUUGGAUUUGCAUUUUAAAGGUGAUAUCAUAACAUCGUAGAGUCGUUAACAGUGUCUUAAGUGGCAUGUCAGCUUUUCCAAAGUGAACGGAUCCCAAAUUAUUUCAGGAUCUGAAAGACCAAAUAGGGUCACUGAGACACCCUUUUUAAUUACUACAAGCAGAAAUGCCUCUAGCAUUUUAUACAGCAUAUGUCUCUUUUAAAUCUUGAUUAUUUAUUGUUUCGAUACGCAAAUAAUGUAUACGAUCAAAAAACAAGAUCUUUUGUUUUAAAUACUCAAUCCUUGGAUCAAAUUUUAUUUUACACAAUCCCGGGAGUAUUAAACUCCUAACUUGUAAAUUCAGGAACAAAUGCCAAGUGUUUAAGACCAUCUGCUAUCAAUUUUGCGGCUAGCUGUUGCUCUUUGUACCUAAGAAACCAGCUGCAGCAGUUUGAUUAUGAAACAUCAUCAUGCUUGAUCAUUUAUUCAACACUUUGGACAGGAUGUAUAAAUGUCUGGAGUUUACCAUCAGACACACUGAAACCGGCAUUUAGGUAUGUCCAGAGGGGAAUCGCGUGACAUUGUGUCUUUUAGCUUGUACAUAACUCUGUGUUGUAUGGUGCAAUCAUGUCUUUUACUUUAAUUGGUGUUUCCCUUGCAUAAGGAAGCGUGUCACUGCAAAAUAAGCAAAACGUUUACUCGUAAUCCAGUUUUGCAAAAUUAAUUAAAAUUCGUCAGCAUUAAAAUAAACAAAAAAAAAGAUGUGUGUUGUCAAUAUUUCUACAGUUUACACAUGCAAAUUAACACUGCUUUGCUCCGGCUAACUUUGCACAAACACGGUGAUCUGUAUUCUGUAUUCUUUGGAUAUCAACGUUUACAUAGUAUGCUUCUAGCAACUGCCAUUUGAAAGGUCAUAUAAACCUUAAAGCAGCUUUCGCUUGCACUGUCCUGGCUUCUGUUUCUCUCGUUUCUCAAUUUUGUUUCUUGCAAAACCCACUUCAAAGAACCAAGGGUACUGUUGUUUUCCCCUAACUUGCAGGAAUCAGAUUACCCCCACCAGUUGAAGAAGAAUUUAAAUUCACCUGCCAUACCUUCACAUCAUGUAACUGUUCAGAUUUUCUUUUCCUGGGAAACGCUACUCACUGUUGACUGAAUCUUCCGUGCAAUGUGAUAAACCCAAUAGCUGCCUUAAAAACAAAUCGGUUUAUUUUCUUUUGCUAAAACAGGUUUUAGAAAUACAGACUUCAAUUAUUUAUUAACUGGUUCUGUGUUUCCUUUGAAUGCAGCUUUUGCUUCGUAGCAGUGCAGUAUUUAUCCUGGAUGAGGAAAGGGGCAACAAAAAUGGACUUGCAAGUGGAUAUACCAUGGAUGUCAUGCUUGCAAUUAAACUGUUCUGCUCUUUGUAGUGAGAUUUGUGAUUCAUUUUGGGGAGGCAGGGAUCAAGCCAAUCUGCAUAUAAACAGCAUCAGCAAAUUGACCAAAUGUAUUCAUUUAAACUUUGAAGCUGGCUGCAUUAAAAAAUAUAUAUAUACAUGUGUAUCAAUCAAGAAAAAUUCCAACCUUUGUAGUUGUAUGCUGCAGUUAAAUUAAUUUUAGACAUUUGUGUAAGAAAAAACUGUGUAGUUUUUGCUGAACAAGAAGUAGUUUAUUCCCUGAGCUUAGACAGUCUUACCUGAUCUUCUGUCCAGUGACCACCUUUGUUAGAUACCAGCAACUCAGAUAAAAAUGUGGUGGUCCUUCAAAGUAAAAUAUGGGUAAUAGUGAAGGAUCUCGGUUUCUUUAAGUGAUUUUCUUACAAGAAAUAUGAACUAGUUAUUAUAUAACCACAUGUAAGGAAUUCUAUGGUUUUGUGGCAUGGCCUGUACACUAUUCCAGGCUAUAUUAUUGAUGUUUUUAAACCAGUUAUUUCGAAACUGAACUUCUUGAUAUAACUGUACAAAAUGAACAAUUUUUUCUUCACCUGUAUUUUUGUUAUUGAGUAACUUUACCAAAA